AUGCUCCGUACUCCGACGGUGCGUCGCUUUCAGAUGCAGCCCUUUGCUGUUGACCAAUCUAAAGUCGUCGUCCGUCCUCCAGUGAUACUUGUGGCUCAGUUUGGCGGAUUGAGACCCAGCUUCCAGCGCUGGAUACAUGUUAUCCGUGCAGAGAGCUUGCCAGAGGAAGCAUUCUUUGUUGAAGUAGAGCUCCUGGCCAAUGAGGGACAUGGCUGUGUCUUAGUCGCCGGGAGAUCUGAUAUUCAAAGUGGUCCAGAUCCUAUUUUCCACAACUCCAUUUGCUUGGACUGGGACGACGAGACCGACAUGGCCAUCAACUGCAAGGUGAUCCGCUCCAGCAUGGGCUUCAACGAGGAAAUCUUUGCUGAGCUCAGAGAAACGAUGCCACAGGCCUAG